CUUUAAACUAAAAGAAACUGAUUCCAUUUCUCCAAGGCAAAAGACUGACAUGGCCGACCCCAUUAGAGCCCAUGUUGAAGUUUCUUCUAGUGGAGCAGACCAGUUUGUUACACUGUAUUAUGAUGUGUUUGACAAUAAGCGACAUAUCUUGAACCAUCUUUAUCGCGAUAGCUCGGCUAUUCUCUGGAAUGGCAAUGCUCACUCGGGGAUUUCACCAUUCCAAGAGUUUUAUAACAAAUUACCAGCAAGCGAACACACUGUAGAAUCAUAUGACUGUCACCCACUGCCAUCGCGAUCUCAGGAUCCUAAUACGCCAUGCAGUGUCAUCGUGAAUGUCUCAGGAACAGUCCAAUACAGCAAUGAAAAACAAAAACGACUCUUCUCACAAUCUUUUGUUCUCAGUCCUGACCCUGUCAACGGAAGUUUUUAUGUCUGGUCCGAUUGUUUCCGCUUCGUUUAAAAGAAAAA